UUCCCAUUGAAAUCCUGGGAACGACGUUUCUAACAAAUACCUCAGUUUCAAAAUGGCGGCGCGACGGUCCAUUUCGGCCAGUCGACUUUGUUUUUGUUGAUAUUAGCGAGGUUUCCGUCGCCUGAGACCAACUAGGUUCGUUGAAAAUACCAAAGGUUUGUGCAGACUAGCCCUCAGCCAUGGCCCCCCAGGUGGACUGGGAUCGCCUGAUGAGGGUGGACCCAGACAGCAUGGGUGAGGAUGAGUCAGACAUGAUGUAUGAGAUGCUGUCUAAAGCUGAAGGGUCUGGAGAACUCAACGAGAGCCCGGAGAGACUCAUACAUCUCUUCAAGGUCACACAAGCCAUCAUGAACGAGAAAGCAGAAGAGUCAAAAGUUCUGAUGGAAGAACUGGAGGAAGAUACUAAAUCAAAACAAGAGAAAGAAGACCAGAUCCAGGCCCUUAAAGACGAGGUGAAAGAUCUGAAGAGAUAUGGAGGAGGAGGAGGAGGAGGGGGAGGCUCAGCUGCAGAUAACACCAGGUUCCUGCGUGAAGAGAUCCGUGAGUUUGAGCGCCAGGUUGAUGAGUUACAGGAGCAGGUCAAGGAGAUGGACCGAGAACUCAGCAAGGAGAAAACAGCCAGGGAGAGGAUGGAGACAAGAGCUGAGGAAGCUGAGACGAGCGCAAAGGAGAUUCGUCGCGAGGUGGAGCGUCUCCGAGAGGACAACCGUGACUACCAGAACCAGCUGGACUCCCAGCGCGAGACCCUGAUGAUGCGGCGGGGCGACGACGUGGAGAAUCGUGACAAGAUGAGGGAGAAAAACAGGCUGAUCGCUGAACAGCUGGAGGAGAUUCAGAAUCUGACGGAUGCGAAUGAUGAGCUACAGAGACAGGCAGACCAGAUGCGUAAGAACCUGGAGGAGUCUGUGGCAGACAUGGACCGCAUGACAGAGGAGUACAUGAAGAUGAAGAUGCUGGUCCAACAGUCCGACAUCCUGAUGGACCAGAAGAUACGGGAGGCUGACACCCUCCGAGAACAGGUUGCAGACCUGACGACCCAGCUUCACGCGAGGUCGGAGGACGAUGACCAGGUGAUGCAGGCGCUGGGUACGAAGGUGGAGGAGUGGAAACAGGCGCUGGCGGACAAGGACACGGAACUGUUCGAGGCUCAGAGCAUGAUCCGAGAGCUCAGGGCACAGAUCAGGGCAGCGGAACUGGACGCUGAUAAACAGUCUAUAGCUGCAAUGACACAGGCGCUGAAGGAACGUGACCAGCACAUCGCACAGCUAAAGGAACAGCUGGAGACAGCUGUGUCUGAGAUGGAGACCAAUGCUGCCAGGAUGGAGGAUCUGGAGAAAGAACAGCGGGGUACCAAAGGAAAACCCUCCCUGGUUCAGCAGAACAGAAUCAAAGACUUACAGUCCACGCUGACAAAGAAAGAUGAAGUGGCAAGGAAUGCAGAGGAGCGGAUGAUACAGGCUGAGGAGGAUGCCAGGGAGAAGGACAAACAGCUCACAGAAGCUCUCACAAGGAUGAGGGAAUAUGAACAGGGAGAGUAUGGGUUAGCGGAGGCAGUCCAGGAGAUCAAGGCACAUAAGACUCAGCUGAAAGUCAGAGAAAGAUCCAUAGAAGAGCUGACUCAGCAUAUCAACAAGAUUGAGCUGGAGAUGAAUGACCUGUGGGAUGAGAACGAGGACCUGCGGGAGCGGCUCGGGCUGGACCCGAAGGAACCGCUGGACAUCUCGCAGUUCCGCAACAAGAAGAACAUGAGGAACGAGAGAUAUCGCGCAGAGAACCAGGUGUUGAUGAAGGAAGUUGAACGGCUGGAAGAAGAAAGGAUAGAAUUGAAGCAGCAGGUGAGAAGACUUGCACAGGAGAAGGGACACAGGGCUGUUGAGAUGGGUCUCACUGCCGCUGACCUCACAGCUAUUCAGGACUUCAAGGAACAGCUCAAGAGGAAGAACCAGGGAAUCUCAGAGAAGAACCAACUUCUUGGAGAUCCACAAGUCCAGGAGCUCAAAAUAAAGGUUGAACAGCUGGAUAAGGACCAGGAACAGAAUGAAGAACGUCUGCAGCAGGCCAAGAUGGAGGUGUCAGAGUUCAAGUCUCGCUGUAAGGAACUCGUGGAGGAGAACAAGCAGCUGGAGAAGGGCAUGAAGGAGAUCUUAGAUGCCAUCAAGGAGUCUCAGUCGGGUCCUCAGGAGAAGAAGGAGGUGUUUCUGAGAUGUCCCACCUUGGAGCAUAUGUUAUCUGCGCUGGACACCCGUGCAAAAGAGGGGAAGUACGACUCUUCGCUGCACUUCAAAGCGCAGGUAGAUCAGCUGACGGGGAGAAACGACGAGCUGCGUUCAGAGCUGAGAGAAGCCAGGAACGAGGCAGCCCAGGCCAGAUCUGCACUGGAGAAAGCCGAGACCAAGAUACAAAAGCUUGAACAAGAGAUCCAGAACAUGAGAGUAUCUGGAGGUAAGGGAGUCAGUAUCCAGCCCCUCCCCCUGCCUGAGGGAAUGGUACCUUCCAGUGCUGAUGUCAUUGCUACACUCAAUGAAUAUCUGGUCCAGAUCCUUCAUGAGUUGUCUCAGAAGGAGGAGCUACUACAGAAGCUGGAAGGUUCCUUGGAAGACUACAGAAGGAAGUACUCCGUCAUGAGACACCAACAAGGGCUGGUCUAUACAGACUUCAAGGAACAGAGGGAGGAGUUCAACCUGGAGAAGGAGAAAUUAAAGGAAGAGAUCAGGAAAAUAGCAGAUCUCAGAGAACAGGAUGGAGUCAGGAUACAGGAGUAUAAUAGGCUGCUAGAGACCCUUGAAAUGGCCCCUGAAGAGCAGCAAAGACGCCUUGCGGAGAUGACGCGAAAGAUGACCGUGCUUCGCGUCAACGAAAAGUCGCUGACCCGGCGCUACACCACUCUGGAGGAGAUGGGAACCUCCCUCCGUAAGGAAAACACCAGGCUGAAGAACGAUGUCAUCGCCAUGGAGAAAUCUGUAGCGGAGAGGAUCGGGUACCUACAGAGGUAUAAGGAGAUGGCAGCAUUCAAAAUCUCCUCACUACAGAAGGCGCUGGAUGAGAGCGUGCCACAGUCAGAGCUGGAGCUGGCCAACAAACAGUACACAGAGCUAACAGAGAAGUACAGGGACAUGUUGGAAAGAGAAAAUGCUCUGGUGGCUAGAACAGAGAAAGCAGAGAACAUCGAGGACGAGAACAAGUGUCUGCUGUCAGAGAUGGACACACUGAAGAAGGAACUUCAGAUGGAGAAGGAGAAACUCCACACUCUGGAGCAGGCCAUGGAACAGUUCACUAAAGCUGGGAUGUUGCCAGGCGACAAGGCCAGUAAGAUGGUGACCAAUAACGAGAUCAUCUCCAUCUCCAAGAGACUGACCAUGCUGGAGAUGAAAGAGCUGAACGAGAGGCAGCGGGCGGAACAUGCCGUCACCAUGCAGACUCAACUCAAGAACACAGUUUCACAAUUAGAAGAGAGGAACUUAGAACUGGAGACAAAGUUUGCAGAGCUGACCAAGAUGAACCUGGAAGCCCAGCGGGUUGAACGGGAGCUGAGAGACGAGCUGGCCAACUCAGUCACCAAAGCUGCGAGCGACGCGGACAGAAACAAGAUCGCACAACUCGAAGAAUCGGAGGCCACUCUGAAAGUUGAAAACUCUAGACUGAAGGAAAUGGCGGAGGUGGGAGCUUCCCAGGCCCGAGCGCUGGAGGCCCAGCAACAGUCCAGGGAGAAGGAGGUGGCGUCACUACGGCAACAACUACUGGACAUCCAAUCAGAGAGUGACGAGAAAACAGUCAUAGGUAAGCUCCACCAUCACAUCGUGGCCCUACAAGUCAGCGAGGGAACGGCGGUGAGGAAACUUGAAGAUGCGAUGUCCAGGAUCUCCAAGAUUGAUGCCCUCGUGCUGAGACUGGAGCAGAAGUUAGAUGAGAAGGAACAGGCACUAUACCAUGCCAAGGUGGAGGGAAGGAACAGGGCAAGGCACCUCAAGACAACAAAGCGAGUGAGUUGGAGGACCAGUUGAAACUAGCGGAAGCCAACAUGAUAUCCAGAGACAAAGUAAUCAACGAGCUACGGCUGAGACUGCCGGCGUCAGAAGCCCGGGACAGGAUCAUCUCCGAGGCAGGGAUGCAUGAGGAGGACUACGAGACUAAACAGGCCUUUAAAGCUGCUCAACAGACCAUAUCCAGCCUGCAGGCCAGGCUGGCUCAGAAGGAAGAGUCCAUCCAGAAGUACCAGGAGUUACUGAAGCAGCAGAGAGAGUCUCAACAGGAGGAGUACAGCAAACAUGAGGAGGAGAUCAGGCUACUACAGGAUAAACUACAGGACAAGGAGGAGAAACUACAUGUCAACUUUAAACAACAGGCACAGGAGAGGAUCAGCAAGCCGGGUGCAGCUGUCCCCACCAACAGGGACCUGCAGCGGCUGCAGCACCUGGAGGAGGAGGUGGCCGAGCACCAGAACGCCAUGGCUGCUCAGUCGGAGAAACUCAAGGUGGCGAGGAAGGAAGCAGAGAGGUGGAAACAGUUGCUGCAGCAGAAAACCAGAGAGAUGCAGAGGAAGCUGGACCUCCUGAAGGAGGAACGUGCUGCAGAGGUCAACAAACUGAACCGUGAGCUCGACGAUCACAGACAGAGGAUCUCUGACUUACAGAAAGAGCUGGCAGUACUCCAGUCGGAGCUGGAUGCCCAGAAGGAAGCGAACGCUCGCGCCCCGACCACCACCAUGAAAAACCUGGUGGAGAGGCUGAAGAACCAGCUGGCUCUGAAGGAGAAACAGCACAAGGCCCUGAGUAAGGCCCUGAUGGAGCUGCGUGCUGACAUGGUGUCCACAGCUCAGGAGAGUGUGAAGGCUCAUGCUGUGGAGGCAGAGAAGGACAUCAACGUACAGAAGAUCGUGGACAGGAAAACUAAAGAGCUACAGGAAAGGGUUGAAGAGUUGCAAGGUCGCUUGGAUGCCCUCAAGAAAGACGUCAAGAAAAGGAAAACCAGAGAGAACGCUCUGAACCAGGAGGUUAAUGAAGUCAAAGAGGACCUAGCUAAGAAAGAGGCAGCUCUGAAGAAAGCUAAGGCAGACAGAGACAAGUUGGAGAGUGAGGCAGAGGAACUGAGGGGGAAGAGCAAGAGGCUAUCUGUCAAAAAUCAGAAAGCUGUUGACUUUGAUGCCAAGCAGACAGAAGUGGAGGAGCUGAAAGCCAAGGUCAAGUCUCUGCAGGACCAGCUACAGAGGGAGAAGGAACGGCCGGGGAGACCAGCUACAGCCAGAAGGGAUGACAAGAACCCAGCAGAGGAGCUUGCCAAGUGGGAGGAAGGGAAGAAGUGGCAGCGGAGAGUCGAUGCCCUCAAACAGAAACUGUCGGAGAAAGAAGCUGAGAACGACAAGCUACAGAAACAGGUGUCCACACUGAGAGACAUCAACUCAAGAAUUGACAAAGACCGAGCCACGCUCCAGAAGCAGACCCGAGGGAAGGGAGGGGAGCUGUACACCCCCAGGGAUCCGUCCUUGGACCAGCUCAAACAGAAAAACUAUGAGCUGGAGGAUGAGGUUGCCAGCCUGAGAAGACAGCUAGUAGAGAACCCUGACCCUAAACUGGAAGAAGUGAUGAUGCGUAACAGGUACCUGCAGGGGAGGGUGGAGAGUCUGGAGAGGGACAUGGCAGCCAGGAGAGCUGCAGAGACUCCAGGCAUGAGUACAGAUAACAGAGGAGAUGAGGAGCUGAGACGGAGAGUCCUGCAGCUGACUGAGGAGAACAUGGAGCUGAAGAUAGAGGCUGAACAGGCCAAGAGAGAUGUCCCCAGGCUUAAGGACAGAGUAGAAGACCUGCAGAAGUACACUGACGUCUUGAAGCAGGAGAGAAGCGAUCUCCAGCGGAAGGUAGACGGAAGCUCCCGAGGCAGUCUCUCAGGUCGGAGCGGGAAGUCCGUCCCCGAGCUGGAGAAAACCAUCGGCCUGAUGAAGAAGGUGGUGGAGCGGGUGCAGAGGGAAAACCAGGAGUUGAAGAAAGCCCCUGGCGUGGUGUCCAACACCAGGAUUACCGACCUGGAAAUGGAGAACGAUAAACUUAGAGACCAGCUUGAGAAGCUGCGCCUACAGAUGGGUGGUACGCUGAGCAUGCGGUACGAGAGCAGCCAGAAGGGCAUGCAGAAGAUCAUGGCGGACUACGAGAGACUGCGCAGCGACCUGAAGAAAGAACGGGAUGAGUCGGAGAAGGUCAGGCUGGCCAAGAGGACCCUGGAGCUGCAGAAUGAGAAGCUGGGGAAGGAGCUGGAUGAUACCAAACAGAGACUGACUCUGGUGGAGACUAAGGGUCCCCAGCUGGAGGGGAUGGACAGUAAGAGCUGGAAGUCCAUCGUGGUGACCAGGAUGUAUGAGAGUAAGAUGAAGGAGAAGGAGGAGGAGCUCAUGAAGAAGAACCAGCUGCUGCAGGAUGUGAAGGUCCUGCUGCGGGAGGCUGCGGAGAGGGAACAGCAGCUGGUCCAUGAGAGAGACGACCUGCAGGAGAAACUGGACAUCCUGGAGAGGUUCCGUGCAGGGUCUGACAAGGCACAUGACAUCUUCAGGGAGCUACAGCAGACCAGACUGAAGUGUGAGAGACUGGAAAGUGAGAAGGCAGAACUGGUGCAUGACUUACAGAUGAUGAGGAGACAACAGAACCCCAUGGCUGGAGGCAGGGAUGACGUGCACACAGAUGACAUGUUGGAGAAGCUGAGGAAUUACGACAAGUUGAUGGAAGAGAACGUGGAGCUGAGCACACAGAUCAAGUCCCUCCAGCUGGACAAGGACAGACAGGAGAGGGAGACAGAGAAGCUAAGAGGAGAGCUGGCAAACUUUGACCCGGCAUUCUUCGAGGAGAUUGAGGACCUGAAGUACAACUAUCGCGAGGCGGUAAAGAAGAAUGUGAUGUACGAGGAACAACUCAGGAUGCUGAGUCGGCAGUUUGGGGUGUCCGUCAACAUUCCCGACGACAGAUAGCAGAGCUAGAUCACAGUUCCAUGGUUUUACUUGUCAAAUACCACUUUAGCUAACUGUGUACUGUACAUGUAGAAUACAACACGGUGUAUUCUGUAUCACCCGAGGUGCAACCCCGACCGCGGGAGGGUGAUCCAACCCGCGGGAGGGCUGGGACUGAGGGUGAUGCGGAAUACACCGUGUUGUAUUUUAUUUAUGUCAUACUCACCUGAGAAAACACAUAUUUUGAUGCGAAAUGCACCAGAAGUUGAAAAAAUGUUGUGUCCUCGAACAAAAGAUUGUAACAACAGUAAUUCUAACGUCCAAAUCCGGUAUUCGAAUUUUCAACCAUGCUGUAUUCGGCCCGUUCAAAAUGGUUUGAUUUACUCGAAGGAAGCCUGUGUGAUACAAUUUUCGAACCUGUGUGAUACGGAAAGUUAUCACACGAUUAUCACACGAUCCGGAACACCCGUAUCAUCACAAUUUUAAAGGCCUUUUAACACUGGUUCAUAUUUGUCCGAUCAUAUUUGUUGUAUUUAGAAAACUAGGGUUUUAAGGGAUAUCAAAUUGACAGAUUGAAUGGAUAUAGGUUACCCCGCAGAUAUAGGUGAACUAGCGUUACAGUAUUACAUUCCUUGAUACAUUUAGUUUCAAAUGUGACUGAACAAAUGUUUAAAUUCCUAGAAAAAACAAGACAUGUGUAAUUAUACUGUAAUAUAUGAUAUAUGGAUGUUUUCUGAGGACAAGUUUUGCUAAAUAUCAUUUCUAGAACAUAGUUGUUGCCAGCUUGAGGACCAAACCAUCUGUAGUGAGCUGAACAAUAAAAUAUUUUGAUGUUUAUUUCUUCAAGUGAUAAAAGAGUUAUACUUUUAUACAUGUAAUUUUGUUAUGACUGUAUAUCAUGUGCCAAAGAUAAUGGUGCCUUGUAACCUCUGUGUCUCAAUAUGUGACGGCCAUAUUGUAACAAGUGACAUUCUAGGUAAAGAUGGUUUAUUUUGAUUAUGCUGCAUUUGUUGUUAAGAUUUUAGUAAAAGCAAAGUACAGUGAAAGAAAGGGAAGAUAUGCAAUUUGUACAUGUACAUUGUUUUCACCGCAGAUUCUACUUAUGUAGCCUGACUAAAAUCGCGCCCCUAGCGGCCGGCCCUACGAUUGCCGCCGCCAUUAAGCCCAGCCGGCCAGAGCUUGUGUAAACACAGGCUACUGCUUAUGCAGCAGAAAAUGUAUCAUUCUAUAUUAGAUAUUUACUCCAUUUGGGGAGAAAUGAAGCAAAAGAACAUUAAAAAACAGCAAGGUUCUACAAAACUGGAAAUAUUGCCCUAGAUUUCUAGCAUAUAAAAGUACAGCCAGUUAAAAUAACUUUGGCAGCAUGCAUGCAAUGCAUUCCAGGGUUAACCAACAACCUGAGGAUACAUUCUGGAAAAAAUUCACUGUAUCUAUAUUGACAUAACGUUAUACGUGUGCACACUUGAUAUCAGUUGUUAAUUAGCCUGUUGGUCCAUUUUUCUGUUUACUUAGGGCAAAUGCAUGUAGUACACGAGUACAGUACCUGGUUUACAAGCAUGUAGCAUUCUACGAAAAUUCUACUGCUAUCAACAUUGGAAUUUUAUAUUGAUUUAUAUUACAAGAGAAAAAAGUUUUUAACAAAGCAAUAAAACAAUGUAAAGCUUCUGACAUUACAUCAAUAAAGAGUUAUACUUUUCUUGUUAA